UUCUCCAUGGCACUCCCUCGCCUUUCAAAUUAGGAUUUGUUGCAUUAUUUUCACAAACACAGUCCAGUAUUGGAGACUGGAAAUCGAUAGCUUAUUCCCCAUCUCCCAGGCUAACUGGAAUAAGCAGAUAGGUGCUAUUGUUGACAAACACCUACCUCUAUAAGGAUCAUUUUCCUUGGUACUAAUUUGUGGGCACAGAUUCUACAGCUGUAUGAGAUAGGCAGAAAGUCAGUAGGGAGCAAACAGCUAUGGACAGCUUGGUCUUGGUCAUAAGGAAGAUGUGCUCCUCCCCCAGGUUUUGAAGGAGUUUCCUUAUAAUCAGAAGACCAUCAGAAGCAUUGUUGGAGGAGGGGGACAUUCUGCUGUUGUCACUGAUACAAAAUAUGGAAUGCUCAGAAUUGGAAUAGUGAUGUCCUGGCAAGAGGAGCACAGUCUUGAAGGAGGAUGUGGCAGCUGUGCAUAACAAAUAAGAUCUCAUGGAAAGGCUCAGAGAGAUCAGAGAAGAGACUGCUGGACAUUGGAGAAGUCUUUUUAUGUGGCCAAAAUAAAGAUGGACAGCUGGGACUUAAUCAUACUGAAGAUGUGACACAUUUUAUGUUAUGCAGUUCUCUGUCUGGUUGCCCUGUUGUACAAGUUGCUUGUGGUUGGGAUUUUACAAUCAUACUUGCAGGAAAUGGCCAAGUUUUAUCUUGUGGAUCAAAUUCUUUUGGACAAUUGGGAGUUCCUCAUGCUUCAGGAGGAUGUCCUAUCCCACAGAAGAUUGAGUCUUUAAAGGACAAAGUGGUGAAUGUUGCUGCUGGACUCAGGCAUGCACUUGCUGCCACUGAAAAUGGCUCAGUAUUUCAGUGGGGAAUUGGUAUGGUAUCUCUGGCAAAACGGGCAUGCCAAGGAAAAAUUAUUCCAUCUUUCCUGACUGCAAAAGAACCUUGCAAAGUAACAGGCCUAGAAAGCAUCAAAGUGAAGAGUGUCACUUCCGGCUCGUACCAUGCGGCAUCACUCACAGAUGAAGGAGAGUUAUAUGUUUGGGGAAGCAACAAACACAAGCAGCUAGUGAGCAAUGAUGAUUUUCUUUUGCAACCCCAUAAGAUAGAAAAUCACUAUUUCUUGGGUGAAAAGGUCAGAAGAGUAUGGAGUGGAUGGACACACCUGGUGGCGCAAACAGAUUUGGGAAAGAUCUUUACAUGGGGUAGAGGAGAGUAUGGUCAACUUGGAAGGAAUGCAAUGCUUCUACAUGAUGGACUGGAUCAGGAUUUAAAGAGAUCAACUGCACACUGUUUGCAAGAGCUGCUUAAUGUUCCUGUUGCAGUGCCCAACCUCACUGGAGCAUCCGAGAUUGCAUGUGGCUCAGAGCACAAUCUAGCAAUAUUUGGUUGUCAGUGUUUUUCCUGGGGAUGGAAUGAACAUGGGAUGUGCGGCAAUGGAGCAGAAGCAAAUGUUUGUCCUCCACAGCUCAUCAAGGCUCUUAGUUCUGCAAAGCUGCUUUUAAUUGGAUGUGGAGCUGGACAUUCCAUGGCAUUUUGUCAUUUUCCAGGCCAAAACCUCCUGCAGUAGAAAUGUCAGCACAAUGUUAAGCAUCAAAUGAUUUAAUACACCACCUACAGAUGCAUAUGUUGAGGUAAGACGAUGCAGCCUCUUAAAGUUGACAUACCCAUUACUCAUCUUUAGGAGCAGAAAGUUUUUUGGCAGGACGAGGAGUGAAUAAUAUCUUGUACUUUUACCUAACUGUUACCAUCACUGCUGGGCCUGCUCUCUUUGGUCUUUUUGCCCUUCUUCUGAAGUUUAUCCUGUGAAGUUUUCAGCUGAUACUUACCAACAGUUAUAGAAGCCUUGCCUUCUUCCUGGAAAGUUGCCAAGCAAUUACACUCCUGAUACAAUGGUGAAUUUGAAACUCUUGAAGAUGCACUUUACCUGGUAUGCUGUAACGACAACAAUGCUUCUGACAAGUAAUCUAUAUCUUUUAGUCUUCACAUCUGAAAUUGAAUAAGAUGGCUUUGCUUUCUUGAAUUUCUGUUGCUAUAAUAUCCGGCAACUUAAGACACUUAACUUACUACACGCUAGAGUUCUUUUGCUCUAGACCCCCGUAAAGGUUUAUAGGAAGUGGGUUGCUGUUGCAAAGUGGAAAAUUUCAGAGAACCAGAGAAGUAAGAAAAAAACUGAAUGCACAUUGUCAACUAAAAAGCCAAACUUUUAUUAUUAAGGGGGAAGAGAGAGAGAGAGAGGGAGGGAGACCUACAUAAGUCUAUGUUUUACCUUCAAUUUGUUAUAUUUAUUAGUGCUGUGAAGACUGAAGACACAAGUUGUUUCGUGGAUUUGGGGGCUCAGUGCUCACCAAUGUUGCUAUUUUAGAAGCAAAGCAAAAGCAAGCUUCUUCUCUCAUAUUUUCACUGGGAGUAUUGCAUUUAUUCAUGAUUUCAGAAGCAUGUCCCUGGAAACCUCUGAUCACUUCAGAAAAGAAUUCUGAUUUACACUAUACAUCAGGCAUUGAAACCAUGAUACAAAAUUUAUUUCAUGCUAGAGUUGUUUUGCAUAACAUUGUGCAUGCAUUUUACUCAGAAGUACUAAAUUGCAUACAAUGUCAUUGUCUUGUUUCUUAAACUUUGAGAAAAGUUUGUACUUGAGUAGUUUCCUGAUUUGCGUAUUUUUAAGUCCCAGAUUUGUUUGCUUUUUUAAAAAAGUACACUUUUUUGUUAAAUUCAUUACUGAUUACUUAAUAUGAACAAUUUGUCAUGAAGGGUCUUCACAUUGGAUCUAUACACCAAUAAAUUACAAUGUAACCAGAGCUGGAAAAUAAAUCUAGACCAGCUGUUACCAUGAGGUCCACAAGUGGCCCCAUGUUUCACAAGCAUGCCAACAAAAACAGACAGGAAAAGAAGGUUGUUUGUACAUUUUACACAAUUGUAGUUGAAUGAAGAGUUCUUGAUUUCCAUGUCAGUGUGAUGAGUUUAUGAAGGCGUGGUCAAUAUGACCGCCUGAUUUCACUUUUAAAACCAUUAAUAAUUUUUAUCUUGUAUACAAAAAGAAGCAAUCCAUAGCAAAGGAAUGUACGGUUUUGAGAAUGUUUUACAUUUUGGCUACAACAAUGAUGUAAAAGUAAAGAGCUUUGAAAGAAAAUAUAUCACUUUGCCUUUCCCCCCUCUCUUUAAAGUUACUCAUACAAUUGCA